UUAAAUGUCUUCAAGAUGUGUCAAUUUUAUUUUUUUUUCUUUUGGAUAACUACAUAUUUUUAAUACCUUUCAAUGGCAGCUUUUAAAAUCUAUCUUACAAAAAGGGGUCUCUGAUAUAUUUUCUAGGUUUUGUUUUUAAGAAAGUCAGUGUAUAAAUUCAACCAACUGUAAACAAAACUAUCCAUCACUCGAAGUCAAUUGUCCGCCUUUUGUCUAGAAACAUUUUUAACGUGUAAAUUUACGUCACGGAUUCACCAGUAUUGAAGGAAUUGUGUGUGGAGGAUCGAGAGGAGGAAACUAUUUAGUGACAAGACAGUUUAUCCUGUGUUUUAGCAUCAAAUCUUACCAGAAUAAGACCAUCGAUAAUUCGUUUGCCAACUAUCAGCAAUCAACUGAUAAUCCGGACAAUUAUUAAACUGCAUUAGAACUUGCCUAGAGCCGGGUGUAAAUCACAAUAUGUUGGAAUACCUGUUGUGCGUGGCGGUUCUAGCAGCUUGUAUUCUUAUAGCCUUCCAAUCUUACUCCGGUGCUAAAAAUGGUCCCCCUGGACCCAAAGGAUAUCCUUUUUUUGGUGUGAUCUUUGAAGUCAACGUCUUUAGGUUGCACGAGAAAUUGUAUGAAUGGACACAACAGUAUGGGGAUGUUUUCCAGUUUCAAAUGCUCGGCAAAAAAUUUCUCUGUAUCAAUUCAGUUGAGGUGUUGCGAGAGACUUUUUUGCAAGAACCAUGCGCAACAAUUAACGCUUAUAGGUCCCCAACGUUUACUGGAAAAUAUUUAUUAAAAAAUUAUUCAGAUGUUAUAUUCGCAUCACCAAGCUCGCUCUGGGAAAAACGAAGAAAAUUUGUUUAUCGUCUGCUCCAUACAUACGGAGAGGGAAUAACGUCACUUGAAAAUCAAGUAUUGCAAAAUCUGAUUCGUUUUAAAGGAAAAAUACGUCAAAACAUUUCAAAAGACGUAAAUCCAUUUGAAAUUGUGGAUGAAUUUAUACUAAGUACUAUAGAAACGCUGAUCAUUGGUCGGAGUUUUGGUAAAGAAGGUCCCUUGCAACCUUUGCUUAAAUUGGAGGAGGAAUUAGCAAAUCGUCUUGCUAAUCCAGGAACGGAUGGAGUACUGAGGGCUUUCCCCUUCCUACGUUUUCUCCCUCUUCCAAUGUCAUCAAUCUAUCAUGAAGCUAAAAGCGUACAUCAGCAACUUUUGGAUAAACUAGAGACCUUAUCGAAAGAGGAUUGUGAAGACACAGGGAUAUAUCAUACAAUGAAAAACGCAUUGAAGGAAAGAGAUGAAAAUGGGAACGCAUGGUUCAAUGAUGAUAACAUAUAUGGGGUUCUUUAUAAUAUUUCAGGAGCAGCAUAUUUAACAACAAGGGGAACUCUUCUAUCCGCCAUCAAUAUCCUUGCGAAAAGAUUGGAACUACAGAAAUCAUUGCAGAGAGAAGUAGACAGUGUCAUUGGACGGAACCGGGAACCUAGACUUUCAGACCGGAAGAAGUGUCCACUGAUGGAAGCUGUCGUCAUGGAAACACUACGUUAUAUCUCCCAUGUUCCACUUCUUGUACUUCACGCCAAUUCGCAGUCCACUACCAUUGGUGGAUACAGUGUGGAGAAGGACACAGUGAUUAUUCCCAACAGCUGGACCAUGCAUCACAGUGAGAAAUACUGGGACGAUCCGUUCACCUUUAAGCCUGAACGUUUCUUGGACAAAGAUGGUCAGCUUUUGCCCGCCACAGACCCAGUCAGGAAAAGAUUUGCAUCAUUUGGAUUAGGAAAACGAAGUUGCAUAGGCGAAGUUUUUGCAAAAUCUCGGAUCUUUCUUUUCUUGUCUUCGCUGAUGCAAAUGGCGACUAUUGCCGAACCGGAAGGAAAACUUUUACCUGAUCUUGAUCCCAGAAAAAUGAUUCCCGGAAUUGUCUUACAGCCACAAGAAUAUGAAGUUCGAUUUUUAAUGCGAUGAAUUCGAAAACUUUUUUGGUUCAUGAAAUAAAAGCAAACAAGAAAAGUU